GGGGCUGCGGGCGAGCGGCGGCGGCGGCAGCAUGUGUGACCGCAACGGCGGCCGGCGGCUCCGGCAGUGGCUGAUCGAACAGAUCGACAGCUCCAUGUAUCCAGGGCUGAUUUGGGAAAAUGAUGAGAAAAGCAUGUUUCGGAUCCCUUGGAAGCACGCCGGCAAGCAGGAUUAUAACCAGGAGGUGGAUGCCUCCAUCUUCAAGGCCUGGGCGGUGUUUAAAGGGAAAUUUAAAGAAGGUGACAAAGCCGAACCAGCCACUUGGAAGACCAGGCUGCGCUGUGCUUUGAACAAGAGCCCAGAUUUUGAGGAAGUGACGGACCGGUCUCAGCUGGACAUUUCCGAGCCCUACAAAGUGUAUCGAAUCGUCCCUGAGGAGGAGCAGAAAUGCAAGCUGGGCUUGGUGCCUCCGAGCUGUGUGAGUGAAGUUCCGGAGAUGGAGUGUGGUCGCUCCGACAUGGAGGAGCUCAUCAAGGAGCCCCCCGUGGACGAGUACAUGGGGGUGAUCAAGAGGAGCCCCUCCCCUCUGGAGGCCUGCAGGAGCCAGCUCCUUCCAGACUGGUGGGCGCAGCAGGCUGGCGCAGGCCUGCCGCUGCUCACCGGGUACGCCGCCUUUGACACACACCAUCCAGCCUUCUCGCAGAUGGUGAUCAGCUUCUACUACGGAGGCAAGCUGGUGGGCCAGACCACCACCACCUGCCCCGAGGGCUGCCGCCUGUCCCUGCCCCAGCCGGGGCCAGCCCGGCAGUGCGGGCCCGAGGGCCUGGAGCUGGUGCGCUUCCCGCCGGCCGACGCCGUCCCCAGUGAGCGGCAGCGGCAGGUGACAAGGAAGCUGUUCGGGCACCUGGAGCGGGGCGUGCUGCUGCACAGCGGCCGGCGGGGCGUGUUCGUCAAGCGGCUGUGCCAGGGCCGCGUGUUCUACAGCGGCAACGCCGUGGUGUGCCCGGGCCGGCCCAACAAGCUGGAGCGCGACGAGGUCGUGCAGGUCUUCGACACCAGCCAGUUCUUCCGAGAGCUGCAGCAGUUCUAUGCCAGCCAGAGCCGCCUGCCCGACAGCAGAGUGGUGCUGUGCUUCGGGGAAGAGUUUCCAGACAUGGCCCCCGUGCGCUCCAAGCUCAUCCUGGUGCAGGUGGAGCAGCUCUACGUCCGGCAGCUGGUGGAGGAAGCGGGGAAGAGCUGCGUUGCGGGCCCCACCAUGCAGGUCCUCGAGGAGCCCCAGCCUGACCAAACCUUCCGGAUGUUCCCGGAUAUCUGCGCCUCACACCAGAGACCUUUUUUCAGAGAGAACCAGCAGAUCACUGUGUAGGAGCCUCUCCUGGGAGCCCCGCCGUGUCUGCGGCUCGCAGUGGAGGAUGCCGGUGGUCGUGGACAUCAGCCCUCGACCUGAGGGCACUUCUCCGCUCUUAAUUUAGUGAGGGCACCUGCUGAUCCAUCCGUGGCCAGCACAGGGGCCACACGAAGUUCUGCUGUUGAGACGGGAAUGCUGGGAGCCUGUGCCGGACGGUGUGGAGACCGUGACCGUAACCACCAGUGACCAGAAUGUUUAUUUUCUGCAUUUUUAAAAAAUCACUAGCUGAUACGAUCUCCUUUGCAUCUUGUGCCUAUCGAACACCUGGUCUGUCAUUCUCACUGGCCAGAGGACAGCUGCUUUUCGGUAAAGGAAUGUGGAGUUGAAAUUGA